ACCAUUGAAAUGCGCGCUUGAAUGCACGCGUCUGUACCACAGAUUAAAAAUAUAUAUUUUUUUAAUUGUAUAAUAAAUUAAAUAAUAGAUAAUAACAAGUCAGUGAUGUUUUACAUAUAAUGCUAUAAAUAUAUAAGUUUUAUAAAUAGUGAUUUAGUGACUAUAAAUUUUGUGAUAAUAAUUUAGUAGAAUGUUUCUCAUCAUCACACUGGUAAUCACGGCGGUGAUGGCGCAGGAGUCGACAAUAGACCCGGCGCUGCUUCUCAAUGUAUUUGGAACACCGCCCACCCCCAGCAAAUCUGGCAACACGUCGCCCAAACUUGAAGAGAUUACGAUACGGCCCACAGACAAAAACGAGUUUGUAGACAAAAACGGCGAGUCGUGCAAAUGUGUGCCUUAUUACUUAUGUGAUAGUAAUCUGGUUGGCGUGGACGUUAAUAACGUUUCGGCUACUGGCUGGGGGACCUUAGAUAUUAGAUUUGGCGAGGACGAGUGCCAGGAGAGCGUCGAGCGAUGCUGCACCAGCCCUAAGGAUGAGAAGGAUGUAGUGGUACCGACUCCAAGGCCGCUGAGGGGUUGUGGUUAUAGAAACCCUAAAGGGGUUGAUUUUACCAUCGCUGGAGGAAGUGGUGCAGAAGCAGAGUUUGGCGAGUUUCCAUGGGUGGUAGCUCUUAUAAACUCCAAGAAUGAUUCCUACAUCGGUGUGGGAGUGCUGAUCCAUCCGCAGGUUGUGAUGACGGGCGCUCAUGUUGUUCACGAUUACGCGACUGGAUCUGUGAAGAUUCGAGCUGGUGAAUGGGACACGCAGACCACUCGGGAACGACUGAAGUCUGUUGAGAAGCUGGUGGUGGACAAAAGCUCACAUCCUGACUUCCUGAGGAAGAGCGUGAAGAACGAUGUGGUGCUUCUCAAGUUGGAGACGCCUCUGGAGCUGGCCGAGCAUAUCAACGUGAUCUGCCUACCGUCUCAGGAUGAGGAUUUCGACCGGUACAGGGGCUGUGUGGCCAACGGAUGGGGCAAGGACGUCUUCGGUCUCCAGGGACGUUAUGCCGUCAUCCUCAAGAAGGUGGAGGUGGAUAUGGUACCGUACACCAAGUGCAACGAGCAAUUGAAGGCCACCCGGCUCGGGCCCAAGUUCAAACUUCACACCAGCUUCGUGUGUGCUGGUGGAGAAGAAGGCAAGGAUACUUGUCAGGGUGAUGGAGGUGCACCCCUAGCCUGUCCUAUAGGAGACGAUCGGUACAAACUGACCGGACUUGUGGCCUGGGGUAUAGGCUGCGGGGAGAAAGACGUUCCCGCGGUAUAUGUCAACGUUCCCGCCUUCAGGAACUGGGUCGACGGGGAAAUGACAAAGUGGGGAUACGACACAGCCGGAUAUACUAUUUAAUCAAAUAAAAUACUUUUUUAUUUUG